CACACACACAGCAGCAGCUCAGCUUACUGCUGUCAUAAAAAAAAGGCAGAUUUCUCUGUUUCCAGGAACGCGGAGGAAGGUGCUUGAAGGAGUCCGCUGAGGGCAGGAUGUGAGGCAGCACAGUAAAAAGCUCCACCAUAAGGAGAGGUCUUGAUAAAAAGGCUGCUGGGACGCGCUGACGCUCAGACAGGUGGAGCUCUUCUCAUUUUAAAGCUGUUUUCCAGGCUCGACAAAUCACAAUGAGGAUGCACAGCUCGGUGGCCGGCUGCGUGGUGGUGGUGUGGCUGCUCGCUGCCAGGUCAGAGGGACACAUCACCUUCUUCAGCCCAAAGGAGAUGAUGCUGAUGAAGGAGCGCGAGGGAAGAAAGGAAAUCGAGCCUCAAGUAGAGGACGCUCAGUCUGAAGACGUGAGCGUCCAACAGCUUCCACCAGUGGACGAUGGUGGAAAUCCUGUGAGCGUGAGCGUGAGCGAUAAGACGAUGGAUGAAGUCCAGCUGGAUCUCGUGACUUCGGUGCUGAAGGACAUCAUUCACGACAUGGCGGACCAACAUCAGAAAGCCAAAUAGUGACGCCUGAGGCACAAGUGGCUGAACACUGUAAAGGUCUUUCACAAGACACCGGACACUCAGAGGUUUUAUUAUGUUGGAAUGACUUUGUCAAUAAAGGCAGAUGUUUGUGAA